UUUAACAAUAAAAUUUUAUUAUAAACUUUCAAAUUUCUCGCUUUUGAAUAAUCUGACUCGUGUGGUUACUUCCGCCCGUCAUAUGGUCUUUUCCUGUGUACGCCUCCGUCAUUUUACACGUGGUUGAAACACAGAGACGUUAUUUGACAAAUUAACGAUUCACCAUGGCAGAUAAUAUGGAGACGUUUGAUGAUUUCGGAGCGACGACCGAAACAAUGCCAGCCGGAUGGUCGGCGGAAUUACCGGAGAUUAAACUUUUUGGACGUUGGAAUUGCGAGGAUGUGCAAGUCAGUGAUAUGUCUUUGCAGGAUUACAUUGCCGUGAAGGAAAAGAAUGCAAAAUAUUUGCCUCACUCUGCAGGCAGAUAUGCGGCUAAACGUUUCCGUAAGGCCCAAUGUCCCAUUGUUGAGCGUCUCACCAAUUCGCUCAUGAUGCAUGGUCGUAAUAAUGGUAAAAAACUCAUGGCCGUGCGUAUUGUGAAGCAUUCGUUUGAAAUCAUUUAUUUGUUGACUGGCGAAAAUCCCCUUCAGGUACUCGUUACGGCGAUUAUAAAUUCAGGACCAAGGGAAGAUUCAACGAGAAUUGGACGUGCGGGUACUGUGAGACGUCAAGCAGUUGACGUUUCUCCAUUGAGACGUGUUAAUCAAGCAAUAUGGUUACUUUGCACUGGAGCCAGGGAAGCUGCAUUCCGCAAUAUUAAAACAAUCGCAGAAUGCUUGGCCGACGAGCUGAUUAACGCUGCGAAAGGUUCAUCAAAUUCUUAUGCCAUUAAGAAGAAGGACGAACUUGAGCGUGUCGCUAAAUCAAACAGAUAAACUGUCUCCACUUCUUAUUCGUAAGAAAUAAACUUUAAGUAUAAUAAA